CAUGGUGGGCGCGAGAUAGAAACUGUAGCGCGAGACCUGCGUGUUGCUACAGCGUUAUCAUUGUGUUUGUAGAAAAACACAAAUAUACAGACCAAUAUAUCACAAAAGCGAAGCACUAGCUAGUUGUGUGACUGUAUGAACUGCGCUGCCGUGGUGGAAGCGUGCGUUAUAUUCAGGAUUUUGUCGGGUACCUCUGGACAGCAGCGGGGAAAUGUCCUGGUGGCCUCGCGGGGAGGAUGGUGAUGAUACGCUCUAUCCAGACACUGACUCCGAUGUGGCAGAACAACGCGAGAGCGGGAAGGUCAGCGUUAAGUGGAUGCGGGAGGAGGAUGAGAAUCUGAAGACUUUGGUUCAGAAUCUGGGGCAUAAUGACUGGAAGGCCAUCGCCAGCUUUUUCCCGGGUCGCACAGAGUACCAGUGCCAGUACCGUUGGAACAGAGUCCUGAACCCAGACCUGGUCAAGGGGCCCUGGACCAAGGAGGAGGAUGAGAAGGUGAUCGAGCUGGUGAGCAUGUACGGCACCAAGCAGUGGAGCACUGUGGCCCGACACCUGAAGGGCCGUCUGGGCAAGCAGUGCCGGGAACGCUGGCACAACCACCUGAACCCCGACGUGAAGAAGUCGUCCUGGACCCCUGAGGAGGACCUCAUCAUCUACAAGGCCCACUGCGUCCUGGGAAACCGCUGGGCAGAGAUCGCCAAACUGCUGCCCGGCAGGACUGACAAUGCUGUGAAGAACCACUGGAACUCCACCAUUAAGCGCAGAGUGGAUCUGGGCUGCUAUGGGAAAGGUGACGACUCUCCCCUGGUCAUGGCGGCCCUGCUGGAACAGGGCGAAGUCCCCACCUACCAUGACAUUGACACACAGGUUGAAUUCCAGUGUGAUGUUGUCUUGGAUACGGACCCAGAACCAGAGCCUGUUGAGCAGGUGAGACACAUAAUGGAUGUAACGGUAGGGAAGUUGAGACCCAAGUUCAAAAGGGAACCGUUUUCGUCUAAGCUGAAGUCUGUUGUCUUUCCAUUGCCUCCUGCGGUGAAAGAAGUUAGCAGCUCGGCUCCAGGUUCUGCUCCGGGUUCUGCUCCGGGUUCUGCUCCGGGCUCGGCUCCGGGCUCACAGCAGGCCCGGCAAAGGGGCGUGACGGAGGCCAUGUUGAGGAUGAUUGCGGAGGACAUGCUGCCGCUCAGCUUCGUGGAGGGCUCGGGCUUCCGGAGCUUCAUGGCGGUGGCGCUGCCGUGGUUCCCCAGGCUGUCCCAGCGCGCCGUGGGGCUCAAGCUGUAUGACGAGGUGGAGAAGGUGGUGAAGCCCCACCUGAUCCGGGAGCUCAAGUGCUGCAUGGUGGUGAGCGGAGGGGAUGCUGUGGUCCACGUCAUUCUGGACCUUUGGGCCAGCCAGUACGCCGAGCCAGUCAUCGCUGUGCAGCUGCAUUUCAUAGACUCCGGCUGGAACAUCCACCGGCCCACAGUGGCCUUCCGCCACCUGAGCCGUAAAAACGUCCCCGCAGCUGUGGCGCGGGAACUGGAGGCGGUGCUGCUGAGCUACGGCCUCUUCCCCCACAACGUGGGCUACAUCGUCACCAACGAGGCCAAGAGUACCCUUUCCACCAACGACCUCUUCUGCAACUACAAAGUCAUGUGCUGCCCUCAGAAGAAUGACCCAGACGAGGAGGAGCUGCUGGGCUUUCUCGCCGACUUCCUCCCCACCGAGGACUUCUCGGAGAUUCAGUUUGGCACGCGGGUCGGCUGCACCGCCCACCUCCUGCAGCAGGUCAUCAAGGAGGCGCUGCGGAACUCGCGCGUGGUGGAGAACCUCCUGUCGCAGGUGCAGAAUGUGGUGGCCUUCUUCCGGCGCAGUGCGUACUGGAACGAGGUCCUGGGAAAGGAAUGCGGCCUGUCGCUGGCCUCGCCGCACAGCGCCAGCAGCUUCCGCUGGAACUCCACCUUUGUGUCGAUGCGCAGGAUGGCGCAGGAGUCUGUUUGGGGCUCGGUCAUGACCCUGCUGGCCCAGGCGCGCAUCGAGGCCAAGGACUCCUCCAGCUCGCCCCCCAUGGUGCGGGCCAAGCGGGAGCAGGUGGUGGACAUCAUCGGCCUGCUGGAGCCCUUCGAGGAGGCCGUCCAGGUGCUGCAGGGCGAGGGUGUCACCUUCUCACUGGUCAUCCCCUCGCUCAUUGGCCUGGACAAAACGCUGGAAUCUCGGUCCACUAAUUACACACACUUCUGCAAGGGGCUGCGGGCCGGCCUCCAUGCCCACUUCCAGCCCUUCAUCCUGCAGAGGGACCUGAUCCUCGCCACAGUACUCGAUCCCCGCUUCAAACUCCAGCCCUUCCAGGACGCCAAGCAGGAGAUUGAAAGCACCACCCUGGCCGCCCCUUCCAAAUUCCAGGCCAGGACGGUGGUGGAGUCGGCCAUGAGCGAUUUGGAUCACUGGAAUGCUGUGGAUGAAUUCUGCAUCAAGCAGGAAGAUGUGGAACAUUCCCAGGAUGACCCGGAUCCAUCCCCAUGCUCCCCAUCUACCGGCGGCGACAUCAAGCGCAAGAAGAUCUUCAGCUUCUUCCAGCCGGUGGCCAAGAGCAUGAAGCUGUCCGAGCUGGAUCAGUACCUGUCUGAGCUCCUGCUGGAUGGAGACCGCUCCAUUCAGGCUUUCUGGAGAGAGGCCACACGCUUCCCACAGCUCCAGAGCCUGUCCCGAAAGCUGUUGGCAGUUCCUGCCACCUCCGGGGGCUUCGAUCGCCUCUUCCCCCUGGCCAGCUGCAUAGUUAGGGCCAGGAGGAGCAAACUGCCCCCCCACACCACCGAGAGGCUCCUGCUCUACAGAGAGUCCCUCAAGCUGAAGGAAGGGAAGUAGCAUCGCCCAGCUUUCAGGCCAUACCCCGAUAACACAGAACAAUCUCUGUGUUACGCACCAUGUGUUCUCCUUACAGACAAUCCCUUCGCCUAUGUAAUUGUUUCAGAUUCAAAUGCUUUUCUAUGCUUUACUAAGCUUGUCUUUGUAUUGGAGUUGAUUUAAUACUCUCAGAAAAUGCAAGGCCUGGGUUUUGGUCCUCUUGAUUGGCUCAGUUGUACCAGGCAAGAUCAGUUGAGCACAGACAACUGUUUUAAUCCAAAACAACUAGGUAUUUGACCCAGGUCUGCUGUGAUGACUUCACUGUGAUGACUUCACAAUCAUGUGUUUUUUUUCUUAUUUGAUUGGAACAGUGAUUUAAAAAUGAUUCCAGCAUCUAGCCAAAAUAGUCUGACCCAAUGUGAGGGUGAGAGGUGUUGUGUAGUGGCAGGCGGAGUCCCUACCUCACAGGAAUUUAAAGCGGGACUGUCUUACAGUCCUUAUUUCUCCAUGAUGUUCCAUGGAGUUUGCUGGGCCUUAAAUGGGACCUCCUCGAAUUCACUUGGAACUGUUUACAAAGGUGUGGGAUAAAAACUCUGUAAUGUUUUGUGUUUAGUUAUAUUUGUCACCAGCUAUCAGUUUUAAAUUAAUUUGCCAGGGCUGAUGGGUUCAUUUUUUGCAUUUUGUAUUCUUUUGUGGUUCGUAACGGUCACACUUGAAUCUGCUUUUAUCAUGAAGGACCUGGAAUAUAACUUAAUAUUCUGUUGUAAGAUGCAUACGUCGUGAAAUUCAUAUCAAGAUUCAUUUCACGACGUACGGACAAAUGUAACAAUAAUUUCCACUUCCACUUUCCGCAGUAUAUUUAAAAAAAGACAUUACUCAAAGUACUCAAUGUCCAUAUAUUUACAACACUAUAUUGCAGUUUGUUCCAUCUUCUGCAUGUGCUCUUUACAGAAGUGAAUCUUCAUAUGGAUACCCAUUCACAAGGCAAAAGAAUACUGUCUUAAGUCUUGUAAUGGGUCUUAAAAUCUUUUUUUUUUUUUCUCUCAAUUUGAAAAUAUUAGUUUUUUUUUAGUUACUGCUUGCUUGACGAGUGAUAGUUUGGAACCCCAUUGGCAAAUAUUGAAAUCAAAUGGUCUCACCUCAUUGGCAGUGUUUUUGUCUUAGCAAAAAAGUAAUGAAGUCUAAAUGUAGACAAAUUCUUGUUGAGAUUGAUUUUUAUUUUUUAUUUUUUUAGUUAUUGUUAUUUGUUUAGUUAUUUUCCUGACUCUGUCUAAUCAUGCUGUAAUAGAAAGCAGAUGUCUGUAAGACUUGGGUAUGUAGGCUUUUGUUGUGCUAUUAUCUAAUAUGACUACCUCUCUUUAUACUGGUCAGAAUGUAUUUUUUGUGACAAAAUAUUUUGUUAAUUUUCUUACUAGCUCAGAUUUCCAAAAUCCAGGCUGACAUUACACGCAGUGAAAUGUGUAUAAAAAGCUUAUGUGGAAAAGAGUGGAUUUCUGGAUUUGCGUAAAGAUUGGCAUUGCUGGAUUUUUCAUCCAGCUGCCUGUUACUGUAUGGAUGUUUGACUGUUUAUUUUAAUGUGUGUUUAAUGAGUAUAAUGCAUUUUGCCUGGGAUUACAUUUUUUAGUUGGAUGAAAACCGAACACUGGAGAAAUUGGGAUUGAUUCACAAUAAAACCUUCUGCAGGCAAUGGUCUGGAUGACAUUUAGAAAACAUCCACUCUCAACAUUUUGAUUUAAGAUAAAAGGGCUAAAAGUAAUUUCAGCAUAUUGCCUUCAUCAAUGAAACUGUUGUGCCUAGAUGUGAAGUAUUGUAAACCCUGUUCCAAACAGUGCGACUUGACUAAUAACUAAAAAAAUGACUUUGA